CUGAGGGAGCCGCUGUGGAGCGGAACACUGCUGAGCCCAUCCCGCUCCCACCAAUGACAAUACACACCAGUCGAACUUACAACUAAAAUACAGAUGGCAUGCCUGGCUAAGAUGGAGAAAGUGAUCGUAGCAAUGCAAGACCCUGACGUAGGCAUCAAGAUGAAAUACCAAAAGCUUGUCAUUACUGCUAUCCCUCACGCAGUGACUGGCAAUGAUAUUGUCAAGUGGCUUAUUCAAAACUUUUCUAUAUCUGAAGAAGAAUCCCUUCACCUUGGUGACCUACUAGUAAAGUAUGGCUACAUUUACCCACUAAAGGAUCCAAAGAACUUGGUUCUCCAGGCCGAUGAUUCUCCUUAUCGAUUUCAGACCCCUUACUUCUGGACUUCAUAUAAAUGGCCAGCAACAGAACUUGAUUAUGCUAUUUAUUUGACUAAGAAGAGCACAAGGAGGCAGGGAGACUUAGUUGACUACGAGAAGGACAGUUACAGUCUACUGCACAAGAGGAUCAAUCAUACUUGGGAUUUUGUGGUAAUGCAAGCCAGAGAACAGCUCAGGGCAGCCAAGCAACGGAGAAAGUCCGAUCGUGUUGUACUGGAUUGUCAGGAGCAGGCUUACUGGCUCGUCAACAGACCUCCGCCUGGAGCAAUAAAUAUCAUGGAAUCGACCCCAAAAGGAAGUAACAUUCAUACAACAAAGGUCAAGUUAAAUAGUGCAUUUUACAAAAGAGAGAUUGAAUAUUACAAAAAAGCAUUGACAAGAUCAAGAGUUAAAUCAUCUGUGUCCUUGGAGGGGUUUGUGAAGCAUUGUGAGCAAUAUCUUCCGCAUGAUCCUAUCCUAACUAGCUGUCUUCCAAGUAAUCCUUGGAUUACAAGUGGCACUUUGUACUGGACAAUGAAUGCUGAUUUAGUGACCAUCCCAACAAGGUUACGUGUAGAACGGUGGGCAUUCAAUUUCGCCGAAUUGCUACAUGAUCCCCUUGGCAGGCAACAAUUUCGAUACUUUCUGGAAAGAGAGUUCAGUGCUGAAAAUCUUAGUUUCUGGGAGGCUUGUGAAGAUGUCCAGUAUGGAGAACAGUCAAAAGUUGAUGAGAAAGUGGAGGCCAUCUUUGAACAGUUUUUGGCAGCGGGAGCCAGCAAAUGGGUAAAUAUCGACAGUAAGACAAUGGAAAAGACCCUUGAUGGAUUACAAAUUCCCCAUCGCUACGUAUUUGAAGAUGCACAAAUGCAUAUUUAUAUGCUAAUGAAAAAGGAUUCUUACCCACGUUACUUAAAGUCAGAUAUGUACAAGAAUAUUUUAGCAAGAUCCAUUGUUCCUCAGGAAACCAAGAGAAGUAUGGUUCCAUUCAUGAGGUGGCAUCGUUAUUCCAACACCAACUCUGCACAGAUGUUCUACCCAAAGGGCAACGAUGGGAAAGGAAAAGAUGCAACAGUUUCACAGCUAUGUCGAUUUUCCCACCCUUUGGCAAACCUAGGAGUGUUCACUGGACCAAAUAUCCCAAUUAACUCAGAAGAUGCACCUUCCUGGUCCCAUUCCAGCCUUCCCUCAUUUUGCCCUGGAAUCCUUCCUGCUGCAACCUCCCCUUCCUGUAGCUGCACUGACCCUCAGAGUCUCCCUCUUACUACAGAUGAAGUCUCCCUGGAAAAUCAAGAUUACCUGAAUUUGGAAGGUGCACAAGUGUCAAAUGUCAAGGAUGCUGAAAUUGAAGACGAUGAAUUUGGAUGGACAACAAGAUGUUAGAUAAAAUGCCUAGAUUGUAAUUUCUUUUCCUUGUUAUUGUGAAGUGCCUUUACCUAUAUAAAAUCUGCACUUUAUAGUUUUAGCGCAUGUUUCACAACUUCAAUAUACCCCUUAGAAUCAUUUUACUAAUUUUAUAUCAAAUAUUACAUGUAAAUGAACUUCAUUUACACUUGUCACACUGGCAUAUUUAUUUUUUAAUUUCUGAAAGAUUGCUAUAAACAAAGUGUCAAUUUAAGAACAAAGACAUACCUUAUUUAUUUUGACUUUUGUCCGGUUGACUGCUUCUGUCAAAUAAUCAAAAGGAAGUUACAUCCAAAUAGACCUCAAAUUCUUUUAAUCUUUAUGUUACACACCAAUUGAUCUGAGGGGGUGAAGAGAUAUUCAUGUGUGACUAGAUGGCACACAUGCAUCUUUUUCUCAAAUUUACAGCUGGUUACACCUAUGCAGGGGAUCAGUUUCCCAUAUAAAUAUUAGGAAUUUAGUUUUUAUAAAUUCUAAAUAUCAAGUUGUUUGUUAGAAGAGUUGUUAGUUAGUGAUUUGUUAGAAGAAAGGAAAACAAAUUUGCUUUUGUUGAAAAUCUCAGCAUUUUCUCAGGAGAGUUGAAAGCUCUUUGUAACCAAUUCCUCAAACUGUUAUCUGGCCAACUCCAACAGCUGUUGGUGCACAGCAAAGAACACGAAUAGUUAGCAGAUAGAAUAUUGGCCAGAACAUCGGGAGAGAUUCCUGCUCUUCUUAGAAUGGUGCUCAUCCAAAUGGUGGUCCAUCCAAUGCAAAUGUAUGAAAUCGGUGCUCAAUUGUCCGGCACCAGGCUUGAAUUCAAUAACGUUUUGAACCAGACGCAAGUGCUACCACAUAGCCAAGUUGACACCUAAAAAAAAAACAAAGUUGUUUACUUCAUUGAUUAAACUUCAGUACUCAUUUUGGAGGAGAAUAAACUGGAGUUAAUUUCAGAAGGAUGCCUAGUUCUGUACUUGGUAUACUGCUGGAUAUGUAUCAUCAACACUUGAAUUCUGAUUUCCUAAGUAUAAGCAAACAGAAGUGGGUAAGCUUUUACUCAAAGUAUUUCUACUCCACAUGAUAUUAGGUUAUCUGCCCCAAACUAAUUGCUCAAAUUACUUAUUAGUUUCAUUAAGAUAGUAUGUAAAUAGUCAUUUACUAUGAUAAACCCCUCCUUUUUAACAUCAAGGCAAUAUAGUGACCAUGGUUGCUGAUGAUGCAUUGUCAUUUUAGUUUGUAUCCAAUCAUUAUGUACUAUUGUCUUGCAUACUGGUUCAUUCAUAAUAACUAAUCAUAACUGAGAUGUGUAACUUUCACAAGGGACUCAACUAUACAAGAUGAUUCACACAACAACAGUAAAACUCCUGGCUCGUGGAACUAGUCUUUGUAACAUAAAAUGGGAAACAGAAAAUCAACAGGUAGCUUUACCCCCCAUCUCAGAUUCAUCUCCACUGAGUUUGUUGCACAUGGAUAUCAAAUUACUUGCAGCUCACUUUUUUGUUUAUCCUGUGGGCAGUGUUGUUAAAAAAUAGCCAAACCAACGCUUAGAAGUUCUGCUUUAAAUUAA